AUGUGUAAUUCUAUUUCUUUCUUUCUUUCUUUCUUUCUUUCUUUCUUUAUCCGUGUUUCUUUUUCUUUCUUCAUCUCUCUAUUUAUCUCUCUCUCUUUUUGUUUCUCUUUCUCCUUUUCAAUAUAUGUUUCUUUUUCAUUCAAUCUUUCUUUCUUCUGUUUCUUUUUCUUCUUUCAGUAUAUGUUUUCUUUUUCUUUCUUUCUUUCUUUCUUUCUUUCUUUCUUUCUUUCUUUCUUUAUGUGUUUCCUUUUCUUUCUUCAUCUCUCUAUUUUUCAUUAUCUAUCUUUCUGUGUAUUCUUUUGUUUCUCUCUCUUUCUUUACUCUCUCUUUCUAAUAUUUUUUCUUUGUGUUUCUUUUUCUUUUUUCUAUCUUUCUUCCUCUAUGUAUGCCCUUUUGUUUCUCUGUCUCUCUAUCUUGUUUUGUUUCUUUUUCUCCCUUUCUCCUUCAUUCUAUAUGUGUUUCAUUUUCUUUCUCUCCCUUUCUUUCUUUCUUUCUUUCUUUCUUUCUUUCUUUCUUUCUUUCUUUCUGUCCUUAUUUCCCUCCAUCUUUCUUUCUUUCUUUCUUUCUUUCUUUCUUUCUUUCUUUCUUUCUUUCUUUCUUUCUGUCCUUAUGUCUUUGUAUCUUCUAUUCACACCCUGCGUUCUUCAGUUCCCUCCAUCUUUCUUUCUUUCUUUCUUUCUUUCUUUCUUUCUUUCUUUCUUUCCAUGCGGGUUUUCUUUUCCUCGCCUUCCUUGUUUUAAAAUUCUCUCUUUCUCUACUCCUUUAUACCCGACAUUUCAUUCUUUUCCACUGUUUGACUCGCCUUCUUCUUUCUCUUCCUUCUUUUUUCUUCGUUCGGUUUCUUCCUUUUACUUGACAUCUUUCGUUACUUCUUUUCCUCCUUCCUACUUCUUUUUUCUUCUUCUUGUGGUUCAUCUCUUAAAUAUUCUUCUCCUUCGCCGGCUCUCUCUCUCUCUCUUUUCUUUCCUUUCAGCUAACAAAUCUUACAUCCACCAUUAA